UAUGUCGUCACUUCCUGGCGGGGUUUAUAGAGCGUUGUCAACAAUGAGACAAGGGUUAAAAACAAGUGACAUGGACCUGUUAUUGAUGUAACCAGCAGCUUUAGUUGGGGGCAAAAAUAACGUGAUCUUCGACCGACUUGUUUGCAGUGCAAGUUUUGGGUUUACUUGUCCUUCCAGGCAUCUUCCCUGUUGUGGGAUGGACUCAUCUGAGCAAAUCGGUAAUCUCAACUCCAACAUGGAGGCUGUGGCACUAAAUGAUAAUGCUGCUGUUCCUGAUGACUCCAGCAGACAGAGGAAUACUUCACCUGCAGACAUCCUGAGAAUAAAGCAGCAGAUGUCCAACCAGUGCUUUGAGAUGGCAGUACAGCUUCAAACAGGAACAAGUAAGGGCCCAUUCAGUCCAUCUGAUUCUGAGAGAGAUUUACCAGACUAUGUCAGUGAACUGGAAAGAGUCAAGAUGGAGUAUUUUAACAGCACACUGGCACUACACAGGAUGCAGAUGUGGCACGCUAUAGCAGAAAAGCUGAAGCAGAAUGAUUCAGAGGCUCAUGCUUUGAAAGCUGUAAGUGAUCGCUGCAUGGCUCUUUGUUCGCAGAUAAAAGAACUCCAAAAAGAGUCAAGAGAGCUUCAGGGUGAAAUUACAGAUCUACAGAAGAACAGACUUGAGUUGAAACGACUCACACGUGAAAAAAUGAAAGAGUUGGAAGAGGUAAUGUCCAAAAAUCACCCAGACGAACAGAAGUACAAAGCAGUGUUGGAGAAAGGCCAGGCCAACAUGGAGAAAUAUAAAAAGCUGACCAUCAUGACACAGAACGUCCUGAGGGGCAUUAUCUUGGCCUGUAAAAUAAACUGGCUGGACGAUCCAGAUCUUCGAGACAUUGCCAUGACGCUGGAGGAGUUUCCUAUUUCUGACUAAAAAAAUAUAUGUGCUCAUAUUUAUGUUUUUGUUUGUAAAUACAUGUAAUAUAUAUAUAUACACAAUAAAAUGUUUUUCUGUUUCAUACUAUAA